AUGAUACCAGGAUUACUAGCAUUUAUGAAGAAUACUGAAGUUGAUUGGAAUUACGAAACGGAAAAUGAUGGAUACAGUCAACAAUAUCACAAAAAUUACGGAGUAGAACUGACGAGAGGGAAAAUGCUGGGAGGAUCCAGUUCAAUAAAUUUUCUAGCUUACACGAGAGGCAACUAUCAUGACUUCAACAACUGGGCUGAGUUAACUGAAGAUGAAUCUUGGAGUUGGGAAAAUGUUCUGCCGUAUUUCAAAAAAAGUGAGAGAUUAGUCGACCCCGUCAUGCUCCACUCAAGUGCUAGGAGUUUUCAUGGAACUGAUGGGUAUUUAGCCACAACAAGAAAAUAUAAUGAAGAAGUUUUGAGAUACUUCGAAGCCUUUGAAGAAGUUGGAAACAGAAUUGUUCUGGAUACAAACGGUGACACCCCUCUUGGUAUUACUGAAUGCAUGUUCAAUAUUGCUAAUGGUGUCAGACAAAGCACGGCUCAAUCAUUUUUACAUCCAAUUAAAGAUCGGCCUAAUUUAUUUGUUCUCAAAAACACAUUGGUAACAAAAAUCCUCUUCGAUGAAGACAAGAAUGCUAUUGGUGUGGAAGCUAUAUUAGAAAACAAUGAAGUUGUACAGUUUAAAGCUGAUAAAGAAGUUAUAGUAUCAGGCGGUGCUAUUAAUACGCCGCAGUUAUUGAUGCUGUCUGGUAUAGGUCCCAAAGAACAUUUAGAAAGUCACAAUAUACCAGUUAUUUCUGAUCUUCCUGUGGGACAGAGUUUACAAGACCAUGUCAUGGUUAUGAUGGCCCAUAAAAUGGGGAAGUCUCCUCCACCAAAACCAAUAGAUCCCUUGUAUAUCGCAAGUCCAUUGAUGAUGGGAUACACGAGUUUGAACAAAAGUAAAAAUUAUCCAGAUUACCAAUCCAUUAACUUUAUAAUGAACGAACCAACUCCUAUGUUGCAAUUUUGCUCUUUUUAUUACUCUUACAUCGAUGAAAUAUGUCAAGCAUUGUAUGACGGAAGUAUUGGAAAAGAAGUAUUAUUCAGUUUAGUGAUAUUAUUAUAUCCAGAGUCUAGAGGAAAAAUAUUAUUACGGAGCACGGAUCCAAAGGAGAAGCCCAUAAUUUACACUGGCUAUUAUUCUGACCCAGUAGAUUUGGAAAGACAUGCGUCGUAUGUGGAAGAUUUUGCGAAGAUUCAACACACAGAAUUUUUUGAAAACGUUAACGCCGAAAGAGUUGUGCCAGAAGUGUGUGGAUGUGAGAACAAGUAUUCUACUGAAGAAUAUUGGAAAUGCUAUGCACUGUGUAUGAUGGUGUCUGGGUACCACUACACCGGGUCAGCGGCUAUGGGAGUUGUGGUUGAUUCUCGUCUAAAUGUAUUUGGGGUACAGAAGCUAAGGGUAGCGGAUGCCAGUGUAAUGCCAAAGAUUACUGGAGCCAAUACAAAUGCUGCGACGAUUAUGAUUGGAGAACGAGCAGCAGAUAUAAUCAAAGAAGACCAUUUCUUAAGGUCUAGAUGUUAGAUUAAACAAAUUAUUUAUUCGUAUAUCUCUGUUGUCUAUAUUGUUUUAUCGGAUGGGGU